UACUGAAUUUUUGUUUUGUACGCUGAGCGUGCUUUUGUUAUCUUUUAUCGGCAAAUCAGUGUUUACUUAAUUUAGAAGCGCAAAAUACCCGUGUGCUUAUCAGGGAUAUUGACUAUCAAUGUUGUAUUAAUAGCUGUUGAGCUAGUCCAACAAUGGCAACGUUGCCUGUAGCCGUACAUCCGCUAACCGGCGACCCAACCGCCGCCUGGAAUGAGAUCAGCAAAACCCAGCGGGUCAUCAAGGUGGUCAUGAAGCCACCGACGACGACGGUGGCGCCGAACAAGGCGCGCGUAGUGUGCAUGUCGGACACGCACUCGCUGACGCCAUACAUCAAGUUCGAUAUACCCGAUGGUGAUAUUUUUAUACAUGCCGGCGACUUCACCAAGUGCGGCCAGCUGCAGGAGGUGGUCGAGUUUAACAAUUGGAUUGGCGCCCUGCCGCACAGGCACAAAAUUGUGAUAGCCGGCAAUCACGAGCUUAGCUUCGAUCGCACCUUCACGCAUCCGUUUCAGAACAAGGGCCAGCAACAUACCGAACGCUCCAAGCACACGGGCAUGACCAUACUGGACGAUUUGCCCACGUUGGGCAACGACAAGGAGAGCAUGGAGAGCGCCGUAAAGACGCCCAACAUACGCGAGGCCUUAACCAAUUGCACUUACUUGGAGGACGAGCUGCUGGAGCUGUGGGGUGUACGCAUUUACGGUUCGCCCUGGCAGCCGGAAUUCUGUCGCUGGGCAUUCAACGUGCCGCGCGGUACCGCCUGCCUGGAUAAAUGGAAUCAAAUACCCGCUGGCGUCGAUAUACUCGUCACACACACACCGCCCGUUGGCCACGGGGAUCUGUGCUGCUCGGGCGUGCGCGCCGGCUGCGUGGAGCUGCUGAGCACGGUGCAGCAGCGUGUGAAACCCAAAUACCAUGUAUUUGGUCAUGUGCACGAGGGCUAUGGCAUAACCAGCGAUGGGCGCAUUAUCUAUGUAAAUGCCUCCACGUGCGACAUCAAUUAUUUGCCCAACAAUGCGCCCAUUGUGUUUGAUGUGACGCUGCCGCCAGGUGUGCGCAAGGACUAGGAUCGUAGAUGCCGCAACCCAAACCGUCUUCUAUUUAUUCAAUCUAAACUUAAGUUGCCAUUCAACCCAAAUAAGGAAUUUAUUUUAUGCCCCACCUCAAUUUAUUUUAAGUUAGUUUUUACAAGAACCACAGAAAAAAUGCUCAUUAAAUGUCCUUCAAGCUGCAA